GCUCACCGAGCGCCUGCGAGGCCCGUGUUCCGCCCGCGCUUCCCGAGCGCUGCCCUCGUGCUCCCGCCGCCCGGGCCCGGCCCGCGCCUCCCCCCCACCCCCCCCCCCGGGCCCUUCCGGUGCCGCAGUGCGCGGGGUGCCGGCGGGAGGCGGCGGUGCGGUGGUGCUUGCUGUCGGCUUCUCCUUGGCGGUCUCGCAGCGGCCGGCGGCCGAUGGGGCCCGCUCCGCCCGGGGUCGGCCUGGCGAGGGGCCGCGCGUUUGUCCCGCCGGGCCGCGGAGGACGAAACUCUUGAGACUCCCGACGAACCCUCUCUCCCGGCGGCCCCGGGAAUGGCUUCUCGUUCCGGGGGCGGGAGAGACACGGGCGCCUGUUCUAACAAGGAAACCGAUCCCGUUACAACCCAGGGAUCACAAACACAGCAACUGCAGAAGCAUUAUGGCAUUACCUCACCUAUCAGUUUAGCUGCCCCCAAGGAGUUUGACUGCAUGCUCACCCAGAAAUUAAUCGAAACCCUGAAACCUUAUGGUGUAUUUGAAGAGGAAGAAGAACUACAACGCAGGAUUCUAAUUUUGGGAAAAUUAAAUAACCUGGUAAAGGAAUGGAUACGGGAAAUAAGUGAAAGCAAGAAUCUUCCACAGUCUGUAAUAGAAAAUGUUGGAGGAAAAAUUUUUACAUUUGGAUCCUAUAGAUUAGGAGUUCAUACAAAAGGUGCUGAUAUUGAUGCUCUUUGUGUUGCACCAAGACAUGUUGAAAGAAGUGAUUUUUUCACGUCGUUUUAUGAAAAACUGAAACAACAGGAAGAAGUAAAAGAUCUGAGGGCUGUUGAAGAAGCUUUUGUCCCAGUUAUUAAACUUUGUUUUGAUGGAAUAGAGAUUGAUAUUUUGUUUGCAAGAUUAGCACUGCAAACUAUUCCUGAGGACUUAGACCUACGAGACGAUAGCCUACUUAAAAAUUUAGACAUUAGAUGUAUACGAAGUCUUAAUGGUUGCCGGGUAACCGAUGAAAUUCUGCAUCUAGUACCAAACAUUGACAACUUCAGGUUAACACUGAGAGCUAUCAAACUGUGGGCAAAACGCCACAACAUCUAUUCCAAUAUACUAGGUUUCCUUGGCGGUGUUUCCUGGGCUAUGCUAGUAGCAAGAACUUGCCAGCUUUAUCCAAAUGCAAUAGCAUCAACUCUUGUACAUAAAUUUUUCUUGGUAUUUUCUAAAUGGGAAUGGCCAAAUCCAGUGCUAUUGAAACAGCCAGAAGAAUGCAAUCUUAAUUUGCCUGUAUGGGACCCAAGGGUAAACCCCAGUGAUAGGUACCAUCUUAUGCCUAUAAUUACACCAGCAUACCCACAGCAGAACUCAACCUACAAUGUGUCAGUUUCCACACGGAUGGUCAUGGUUGAGGAAUUUAAGCAAGGUCUUGCUAUCACAGAUGAAAUUUUGCUGAGUAAGGCAGAGUGGUCCAAACUUUUUGAAGCUCCAAACUUCUUUCAAAAGUACAAGCAUUAUAUUGUACUUCUAGCAAGUGCACCGACAGAAAAACAGCGACUAGAAUGGGUGGGCUUGGUGGAGUCAAAAAUCCGUAUUCUAGUUGGAAACUUGGAGAAGAAUGAAUUCAUUACACUGGCUCAUGUGAAUCCACAGUCAUUCCCAGCACCCAAGGAGAAUCCUGAUAAGGAAGAAUACCGUACAAUGUGGGUGAUCGGGUUGGUGUUUAAGAAAACUGAAAAUUCUGAAAAUCUAAGUGUUGAUCUUACCUACGACAUUCAGUCAUUUACAGACACAGUUUACAGGCAAGCAAUAAACAGCAAGAUGUUUGAGAUGGAUAUGAAGAUUGCUGCAAGGCAUGUGAAACGUAAGCAACUUCACCAACUGCUACCUAAUCACGUGCUUCAGAAAAAGAAGAAGCAUUCAACUGAAGGUAUCAGGUUGCCAGCUCUGAAUGACAGCGGCCUAGACUUGUCUAUGGACAGUGAUAACAGCACGUCUGUGCCUUCGCCUACUAGUGCUAUGAAGACGAGUCCAUUGAACAAUUCUGGAAGUUCUCAGGGCAGAAGCAGUCCUGCGCCAGCUGUAACAGCAGCAUCUGUGACCAACAUACAGGCUUCUGAAGUCACUGUGCCACAAAUAAAUUCCAGUGAAAGCUCAGGGGGUACUUCAAAUGAAAGCAUUCCUCAAACUGCCACACAACCAGCCAUUUCACCACCACCAAAGCCUACGAUCUCUAGAGUUGUUUCCUCAGCGUAUCUAUUAAAUCCAUCACCAAGGACUUCAGGAAAUGUUGCAACAAAAAUGCCUAGUCUUGUCACAGCAGUGAAAAGGACAUCUUCGCCUCAUAAAGAAGACUCUCCCAAGAAGAUGAAACUGGAAGAGGAUGAAAUAAGUGAAGAUACUAGCUGUAUUGAUUUGAAUGACUAUGAAAAAAUGGAAACUAAGGAGCAACUUGAGACAGAAGUGAAUGUUAAUUCUCAAACAGAAACUCUUCAGACAACUUCUCUGCAAGCUCCUCAGAAAACACCCAGUACAGACCUUUCAGAUAUCCCAUCUCUCCCUGCAAAUCCUAUUCCUGUUAUCAAGAAUUCAAUAAAAUUGAGAUUGAACCGGUAAAAACAACCUCAGGGGUCCAUAAACAGUACCUGCCAACUCAACCUGUUGUCUUCUAAUGCUAGAAAAAAAGGAGAACAGAGGGUGCAAGACUAGAACGUGAUCGCAAAUGGAUAUAGGUAUAUUUUGUGCACUUCCCUUUCUGGACUGAAAUCACCACUUGAUUGGAAGUCCAGGUUAGUAUGUGAAGCCAGGAGUACAAUUAAUGUGUUAGCAACAGUUGCAUUAAAUAUUUCGAAGGAUUACUGCCUUUAAAAACAUUAACACUAUUUGUAGCCAUAUUUGACAUUCUGAUUGAAUUUGUUUGAUGCAUUGUUUCAAAAUUGAGAUAAAACUGGCGUAAGAAUCCCUUAAAUGCACUUUUAUGUACUUUUUUAUUGGAGUAUGACUAAUUUUAGAUCUUCAGCUGAUGAACAUUCUUUUUAUUGAAGAAUGUCUUCAAUAGUAGUAAUCUGCAAAUUGGAUGAUGUUCUAUGAUAUACUAUACAUUGAAAACAAAGUGUGUAGUAUAUCUAGUUCAACUGCCAUCAAGCAGCAGUAAGCCUUUAAAAUGUCAAAUCUUGAGGUUAUAAGACUUAUGUUGAAGAAGUGAUUGGGGAGUUUUGGUAUUGGUGGGACAUGACUAAGAUGUGGUCUACUUUUAUUUAUAGGAUUGUUUUAAGGUGCAUACAGAUCAGCAGUCAAACAGUAAAUAAACCUUCCUUUGAGCUAAUCAAACUCCUUAUUUCCUUUUUGAUCCUUUUAUUUCUUGGGGAAAGCUUUUGUGUUUAAUGUUGGGUUGGGCUUUUAUUUCAGCUUGUAUGCACCAUCCAGGACAGUAGUUAUAAAAAAAAAAAAAACAAAAACAAAACACCCAAGCCAUGUACUCAUUUGGGUUCCCCUCUGUCCCUUAUCUAAUCAUAAGUACAUUGUGGCCUGUAGGCACAAAUGCAGAAUUUUGUCCCAUGACUAAAGUGUUUAAGUAAAUACUGUGUGCCUGUGAAAUUUAACACCUGUCUUGAUGGCCUUUGAAUCACUAAAUAUAAGAUGAUUUUUGUACACUCCAUAAAAGUCCUGUAUGCAUUUAAAAAGCUUCAAAUUUUAAAUAAAGACAAAAAGAUUUUUCCCUAAGAAUUUUAACCUUUUUAUUUUUAGAUGGCUCAUCAGAAAUAGUUUUACAUGCUGAACAACGCUGAAUUUUUAAAAUCAUAUUUCUAGUAAGCUCUUGACAUCUAGUAAGCUCUCUUACUCCUAUUUUAUGUUCUUGUAGUCCUAUCAAAAGAAUAACAUUCUGAGAGAACUGAAUCUCUCAUGGUAAACAGCAGUAUUUGAGGAAUAUGAGGGUUACCAUCAGUGAUACCAGAUGUAGAUAACAAACUUCAUGUUACUAUUACUUAUGUCUGAAAUAUGUGGGAUGUCAAAUCAUACUUCCCAUACUUUGAUUAGCAUGUUUUAUGAACUCCCUUCUCCAUGUUCUCCAUCCUAUUACACGUGCAUCUUUCAUGUUAAAAUUAAAUUACUUACACUCUUCCCCUUAUCCUUCUAAAUUAAUUCUCCGAAGUCAGAGUGUAGCUUAUCUUUUACUUAGGCUGUGCAGUAACUGAAGGGGUUUUUUUGCCAUUUGUCUAAGAUGUCUAGUAUACAAUAUUUCUCUUUACCUUGCCCUGUGCAGCCUGCUGUUGUCCACCCCCCAAAGAAGGUUUUAUUAACAGUUGAAGUGUACAAGGUGUCUGUGUAUUUUGUGUAGCUAUGGAGUUUAGAUCGAAAUUGCCAGGCACAAAUUUAGUCUUGUCAUUUUGUUUACACAUUGGAAAAUCUUUUUCAUGUUAUUAAACGUUUCAUGUAACUGCACCCAAGUUUUGCCAAGCUGGAAACUUGGAACCUUUCUGUAUAGUGACUUUUUAAUUCUAGUUUUCAUAACCUGGAGAUCAGACUGUUGCUUUCGCAUGAUGUACGUAGUGUCUCAUGACUGGAGUUGCUUUGUUUUUAUAGUAUCUGUACUCCUUGUAUUUUUCAAGAGCUAUUUUGUAAACAGAAGAUGUAUUUCUCCAUUGAAAACACAAUAAAAAACAGCACAAUCCCAUAGUUGUCUGAUUUUUCUGAAUGUACAAAAUUGAUUUUACUCUCUUAAUUCAUACUUUGCUCUUAAGUUUUCUGUUAAGAAAAAAUUUGGUGUGGCUUAAAAGAAAUCAGUACAUGAAUGUUUGCUAAAUAAGCAUGAUGUUAGAUAUAUAAGUGGAAGUAAUGGGAAUCAGGAUCUUGAGUUCUAGUGUGUUAAAGGUAAAGGUUGUGGAUUGUACGAUGGCUUGGCGGGGGCAGAAUUUGUUGUGAAUACCCCCCCAUUUUAAGGGCAUCCAUUCCUUGUCUGCUGAUUAGGAGUCCAUCUUAAAAUCUUAAAUUCUUAAAAGUUGACAGAACUAGAAGAAAUGUCUGCAUAACUAAUUUGGGACUAUACCGUUUUCUUAAAAAAUUUGAACUCUGCUUUUUAUAAGUAUUAACUGUAACAGUUUGGGCAACUUACACUUGUUUUUCUUGCAAGUGACUAUUUCUUAGGUCAGCAGAUGGCACUAUUUCUCUUCUUGUCAAAUAGUUUAAACUUGCCCUGGAAUAAAAGUGAAAAUUACAAGUAGCUAUGCAUCGCUUGAUUGAUCUUUGUAUCAGCAUGAGCCCAAUCCUCCAAAUGCUUGAUGUGACUAACUUUAAGUAGCCUCUUUUUGACUAAAAUUUCUUUAACUGCUAAAGCCACUGAUGAUUAUGGUCUUCAUAUUAUAAUUACUCUGCCUGAAACAAUAAACCUUUGUGUUGUAUGUAUUUAUCACAGCAUGCAAUGGCUUGUCUUGUUUAGAAUGGAUUCAUCAUCAUUGUAUCUUCCCCAUCCCAUCUCCCUUUCAUCACAGUUUAUGUUAUUUAUGGCUUUAAUUUCUCUUCUUUCUCUGACCAGUAAAAAUCUGCUAAUAGAUAUCUAAAUUGCUGUUCGGUGUUUCUCGGCCUACUGACAACAGGCUUCAAUAAGCUUGUUUUUCUGUUACCUGUCAUGAACCUCCAGAAGUAAGUUCAUGGACUCAUAAGGAUCUGCAAAAAAGAAGCUGAAAAUUACUGUUGUAGCCAAAAUAAUUAACAUUAAUAAGCCAUGGUUCUAACAGAUGGCUUUAGACACACUGAUUUGAAUCAGACGUGAGUUGAUGAGUUCUAGCUAGAGUUCUUCCUAGCUGUAGGUAGUAUGUGUGCAUGCCAUUUCUUAGUGCAUUCCUUGUUUCAACUGUGAAAUCUUUAAACUUGUAGCUACAAGUAUAUGGUAACCGAGUAGUAAUGAGUGUAUAGUAAAUGUACCGUAAUGAGAAAAGCUAUUUUAAUUAACAAUAAAAGUUAAAACAGAGUUCUUCAGCUUCUAAAAUAAACAAAAGUUAUUCAAUAUGGCAAGAGGAUGCUAGGUAUUACUGAGCCAGAAUCAAUACUGAAAUGCAAGAAAAACUACUGUGGUAGCUACUGAGGAGGCAGAAUACGUUUAUUUUCUCAUAAUAUGCACUUUUUAGGAGUUGUGUGCAGUUGUACAAAAGGCAUUUUGCAUGUUGAAGUGAUCCUGGCAUCCUUUAUGUAAUUUUAUAAACACACUCAUCAAGUAGCUUUGUUAUGCUUAAUCUCUCUUCUGCAUCAUUGUGUCUGAACAAUACCUACCAAAUUUUGUCACUUAAAAAUAUGCAAGUCUUGAUCGCACACCCAGGAAUGUCUGUAUAAGCGUAUAUUAGCUGAGUACUUAGGUUCACUUUUUUAAAGAUCCAAUGUUAAUAUUGGUAAAAUAUCAGUAGUAAGCCAUUUUUUAGUUUAGUUCAAUAUAAAGAUCUAUUAAAUCGAAAAAAACAUCUUGGAUUUGUUGAUAGAGGCAGAUGCAGUUUAUGUCUACAAAGUUCAAACUUGAAAUAUCUACAAACAUCAAACAUCUGUUGCUGUCAUCAAAAAAUGCAAACCUUGAUAUCAAACUUUAAGGGGCGUUUUAUUAUGAGAAAGAUAGUAUGAUGAACUACUGCUGGGUGUCUCAUCUGCUUUUUGAAUAUUUAAACUCUAAUAUUAGCUUUUUUAAUAAAGUUUAGGCAUAUUUUUAUUGUUUUGACUGAAUUCUGGAAUGCUGUCUUAAGGUGAAUUUUUCUUCCUCCCACAUUUAAUUAUCCAGCUCACAGUUCCUAUUCAGGAUCUCUUUUAAUUUUAUUUUUAUAAUGACCUUAGUAUUUUUGACUCCUGUAUUCUAGUGGAAUGUUUAAAAUAAACUGAGUUGCAAUGUCCUACACACGUCAUUAAAUUUUUACCUCAAACUUUAAAAUACUGAAUUUAGAAAAAAGUCAAAUUUAACAGCAUGCUAAUGGUUGGGGAAAAAAGGUUAUAUGCAGAUAUUAUCAAGCUUAGUUUUUGCAGUAAAUUACUGUCUUCUAAUUAUGAACCAGAAUCUGGGCAAAUAGUAGCAAAGGAUAGGGGAAAAUUACUAUUGAUGUAAGAUGAUAAAACCCACAAAUUGUUGGGUGAGGAAAGCUGCAUUUAUUUAUUUAACUUAAGAAAAUAGCCAAUGCAUUUAAACUGCCCAAUAAUAACUGGACAGCUCGCGAGUGCAAAUGUCUUUUUGUCUGUCUUAUUUGCGAGCUAGCACUCCUACUUCAUAAAUGCAUUUCAUGUUUGUAUUUUUGGAAGUCAAUUUUCUCUAUUAGGCCAGUUAAGUACGUGCUUUAUGUGCUUAAAAUAUAUACAUCAGUUCAAAAUGUUUAGUUCAACUAAGAUUACUUCUGUGACAUUUGCUUCAGUUAGGACAAUAUGCUAACCUGAAGCAGAUAAAAUUAUUCAAGUUGAAUGGAAUGUUAGAUUGCAUAAUCUUCGUUGCUUCUCCCCCACCCCUCCAAUUUUAUUUAAAUGCUAGUUGAUUUAUCAUUAAAUUGGAGGGGUGGGGGAGAAAUCCUUGGCAUUUGGGAAUAAUUUCCGCCCUCCCCUGCCUCUUGCAAAUUGAAAGUAAAUAUAACAAACAUGAUACUUCUUAAAACAGCGUGUAAGAGUUUUGUGUUACAGCUUCUGCUUCAGCUUUACUGAAACCUUGCCCUGUAUGGUGUCUGAUGCUGUGUGCCUUCCAGAAAUCUGGCAUGUGCAUUGUCCUUGUUUGCGUUCUCAGUCUGCAGUGGAGCUGUUAAUAAAGAGAUUGAUGAUAAAGUUGUCGAAAAGAGACAGUUGGACAGGACUGCUCGCCAUGAGUGACAGAGGGCAUGCUCUGCCUUCACAGCCAAAAAUGUUGCCCCCAGCAGAGAGCUGGCCAUGCCUGGACUCUGUGCCAAGCCUUUUUGGUGUGCGGGGAGAGCAGUCUGCGGCUUAGACGAAAGAUUUCUAUUAGCUCAUAUUCUUAAAGUGAGAUUUCCUUUAUUUGAGAUUGUCACACAGUUUUGUUUGUUGGUUUUUUUUUUAAACUUUAUGGUCGUAAGAACAAAUACUGCUUCAGUGGCGAUAUAAAGGCUGGUGUAGAAAAGUUCUGAAACUUUUGUGAAUGAUCUGUUAGGACAUCUAAAAUAUUUCAUUGUGGUCUGGUUCAAUGAAGUGAAAUAGAGCUCUCUUGUUCUUAAAGCAACAUUUUUUGCUUUUGUGGGGAAUAAAUGCAUUAUUCAUGUACUCCAUCUAGAUAGUAGCUUCUAAUCUCCCUGCCAAGAUAUCAUAAACUUGAUUCAACUUGGGCACACGGUUGGAAUAAGAGGAGCCCUGAAUGAUGGAUGGAAGCAUUCAUUGUCUCAGCCACAGUUUAUCAUGUAUAAUUUUUAUCCAUCACAAUGUGAAAACCAGUAAGACCGUUAAAACAUUUCAUAGUUUUGGCCAUCUGCUCACACAGUACAUUAGAAUUAUUAGUGAUUAUUCCUACUGUUUCUUAUCUUCAUCCAGAACAGUGUGUGGAUUUUCUGUACACUAAUAAUCAUUCUGACCACUAAAUGCACUCACCUAGGAGUCUUUUUUUUUCCCUAUAGGUAGUGAGAGAAAAACAUCCCUGCACCCCUAAUCAAGAACAAUGUCUUAAAUAGCCUACACUUCAGUGUUUUGCUUUUGAAUGUAUUUACUGGAAGAAGAUCAAUCCUUUUGGUCUGAUCACGUUUUAAGUGGUGGUAGAUCACUUUUCUGUGGACAAAUUGUACAAAUACUCAGGGUUAUUUCCCCCAAGAUGUUUUUUUCAAACUUUUUUUAAACUAGUUUUAAAUAUGUAGGAGUUUGCCAAUGAAUGAAUAAAUUAUUUCUUUGCGUAUAUAUAUUCUCAUUCUUUAAAAAAAAAGCUAAGAAAAGGGCAUCUGUUCUCUGAGCCUUUGACCUAGAUAGGGAUGAAAUAUUGUUUUGUAGUAAUGGCUGCAAAUAAGACAAUGCUGAAUUCAUGUAGUAGAUACAAGGCGAAUUAAAAAAAAAACAAAAACAAAGAAACAUAAACAAAACAAAGCCCCCCAAAAAUCAAAGCUUAUUUUAUAAAGAUGUAGGUUUAAUUCUGGGGAAUCUCAGUUCUGUUAAUUAACUCAUUGUGAUUAUAGUAACAUAAGAUUUUUUUUUUUUCCCAUGUAAGGAUAUAAGCUAACUCACUGUUAUUUGUGUUUGUUUUGUUUCUUCAUAGUCUUAGUUGUGUUGCUCUGAAUAGGACCUGCCUAGCCAGAAGCACACCAGAUGUUCUGUCUUUGCAGAUAAAGUCAAACCAGCAAGUUUGAUCUGGUACCAUUAGGAAUUUUUAUUUUUUUUGGCUUAAAAAAUACUUCAACAUUCAAUUUAUUACAGGCUGUAUUUUAAAAUAUAUAAAAUUCACACUUCAGUUGUUGCAAUCACUACAGAGUUGAUUUCCCUUUCUGGCCCAUUAGUUUUUCAAAGGUAAUUUGAACAUUUGUUGUAAAAGUAGAAUUCUAGUUUUGUUUAGAGAUCUUUACCUUUUAUUACUGUUUAAUGUUCUAGUAUGUUAAAUUUUUAGAUCAUGUCAAAUUAGUCACUUUUACUUCACUUUCAGAACCCACUGUUACGUGUCAAACUGAGUCCAGCGUGACUGGCAUGAAAAGAAAUAAAUUUCAAACAACUGUGGGAAUGAAUUGUGCAUUCGUGUGCAUUUCACCAACCUCUCACACUAUUGGUGCCUUCUUUGGUUCUAACAGCUCAUUUUGGUGCUGUAAGAUGUUUCCUGUUGUAAAAUAGUCCUAGUGUUUUAGUUCCUUCAUAAUGAAAGGAAUCACAGUCAUAUUCUUUCAAAGACACUUUACUUUGGCCAUAUGAGGAGGAAUAAUGUAUAAUGUGUAAGCAAACAAACAAACUCCAAUUCUUAUCUUGUUGCUAUGAUAUGGAGCAGUUUUUAGAAAGACUGGCUCACAGCAAAGCCAAACCUGAAUUCUAAUCCUGACUUGUGUAUAUAUGACCUUGACAGGGCUGUCAACUCUGCUUCAACCUUCUUGUAUAUGAAAUUGUAUUAGUGAUUAUCAGACAUUUCACAAAUACUGGCUGUUAACAGUUGAGAAUGUCUUGGAAUUUUCACAUAGAAGAUGCUUUAAAAUUAUUCCAUUAGACUGUACUGUAAGCAUGAAUCACAUACCACUUGAAAAUCAUAUGCUAGUUUUCCAAUCUGUCUGAUAUCAGAUACAUCAUCUUUAUAUCCUGCUGUAAAUUGGUCCUAAGAACAUCACGUGAAAGAGGAAAGGUUCCUGUACCUGCUAUUAGAAGAGUCUUCCAGUAGAGGAAAACAAUAAAAUUGGGCAACUUGAUGCUGUUUUUAUUUUGAGACAUACUGUGUCCUAUAUUGCCGUUUUUAAAAGGAAAAAAAAAAUAAAUUAUGUAAACAGAGAGCUGCAUGUAGUAUUUUUUUCCCCAGGAAAAAUACAGAGAUUUAAAUCUUAAAAACUGUAUACCUGUUCACUAUUCUGAUUAUCAGCACCUUAAUCCUGUCUUCCUCUUUCUGUUUGCCUGUGUAUGGUCUGCAGUCUUUGUAGCUCACUGAUACAUUGGUACAAUGCAUAUUAAGUACAGCAUAUCUGAAAAUAAAUUUUGUCUACACCACUUUUCCAUUUCUGAUGGUGCAAACUAA